UUUUAAAAGUUCGCUGAACAGUUUCUUUUAUCUUUUCUUACAUGUAUGGUACAUCUUGUGACAAAGAUAUAGAUAAUGAUAAUCUUAUUUUUUUCUUUUUAUUAGAUUAUUGGUUUCUUGUGUGUCCUGUUUCUAUAGAAUCAAUAUAUUCAGCAUGAUAAUAUAUGUAUCUAUAAACAACACAUACAUUAAAAUUAUAAUGCAUUUAUCAUGACAAAGACAAAUCAUAUGUAUAAACUGGAUGACAUGGUAUCUAUCUGUAUUCGACAACAGUUCCAUCUACUUUUUUACAGAGCUGUAACAAGCUAGUUAGUGCCUCUGUCCAUCUAUCUUUAACUUCUCCAAUCAUAUACUAACUAUAAUAUACACAUUUGUUUUCUUCCUUAGCAACAUACGAUAUUAAAAACAUUGACUUUAAUUUAUUAUGCACAUUAUUUUCAAUAAUGUUCUUAACAGACAUCAACUAAUAGGCAUUAACUUAAUAUUACAUUAACAUUAUAAUUUCCCAUUCAAGAAUGUAAGUGUAAUAUCCCAGAGAGCACAAUCUAAUAAAAGAUGUCUUAAAAACAUCCAAAAGAUAUCUUUAUUCCUUUUGGAUGUCUUUUGGACAUCUUUAAGAUAUCUUUUAGCAGUUUGUGCUAUCUGGGAUAAUAUAUAUUGUACGUAACAAUUCAUUGUCAUUCAACAAUUCAUUAUUGAAUAGGAAAUCAUAACAUUAAUGCCUUAAAUAUUAUUGUUCGUUAAUGUUUAUUGUGAUUGUUAUAGUAAUCUACACCUAGAAUGAAGUAUAUUUGAGUCAGAAGAGAAUCAUCAGACAUAUACUUGUUUUUAAUUGUAUUGUUACACUGUUUGUACUUAAAAUAUUUAAGUCAUAAUAGAAAUAUAUUUGAGUUAUAAUAGAGUCACCAGAUAUAUCAGUUGUUUUUUAUCGCAUUGUUACAUCGUUUGCAUAUAGAAUAAGGUUAUAUUGAGUCUCAAGUCAUCAGAUAUAUCUGAGCCAGAAGAGAAAAAAAUGUGACAGGAGAAAGUAUUAGAUUAAAUAAAGGUGAGAAAAAGAGGUACCUAUUAUGCUCAACAUCGAGCUCUUGCUACGGCUCUGAACUUAUCCCUCCUCUGGGAUAAUUCUUCCUGUCCCUUAUCCCCUGUCCCUGGCCCCAACUUAUCGUCGACCAGCCAUGUACGCCGCGUUCGAAUAUUUUCCUGAGUUCACAGUCGAACUAUUGGCUGCAUUGAACAGACGCCAGUGUUUAGUAAGCACCUAACGACUGUCGCUUGCGAUUAUUAUAGCUUUAGAGCCUUGAGUAUUAGAUCCAAACCAAUAUGCCAAUCAGAGAUUUGCAGCAUGACGCCAAUUUAGCACGUUCUCACGAGAAAACACAAAGUGUCGGAUCGAGAGAAGAUUUUUGAAACACUCCAACUUUUAUUUCCAUUCAGACAUAAAUAAUGAAAAUUAAUUACAAGCAGCUGCCUGUCAAGGCGCAUUAUUUUUUCUUUAUGGCGGCUAUGGGUCCGAUUUUACCGUUUCUACCAGUUUAUGGGAAACAAUUGGGCAUUUCUCCAUUAGUUAUGGGCAGCAUUACAGCAGGUCUACCUAUCCUCUUCCUAAUCGCCAAACCAGCGUUCGGCUUCGUCGUGGAUUAUUUCCGCACUUGGAGAAAAUUGAUCUUUAUAAUAUUACUUGCUGUGACAAGUAGUUGUUAUGUUUUAAUGUACUUCUUACCUGUAUUACCAGGCCCUCUGCUGCCAGAUCAUCACUUUCAAAAUGUUUCUUGGACAUCUUUGUCGCCCUGCGAUAUGGACCAUCAUACCUCAGCAUUGAGAUUGUGUAAUGGUACAAAAGACACUACAUGCCAUUGGGUAUGCAAGGAUACAAAUUUUUCUAUGCGAGUAUCUUUUCAUACAGCUAAAGAGGAAGCAAGCAUUUCACCGAGUACAGCGUGCUUAUUAAAUAUGAACGAAACAUCAUUGUAUUCGGAAAGUAGCAAUUGCGAUGUUACUUGUGACAAUUUCGACGACGAUCAUUGUCUGUAUACAUCCAUUACUUUCUGGGGCUUUAUUCUCUUAAUGUGUUUGGGGAACAUUGGCUUUAAUGUUUCCAACAGUAUAAGUGACGCAAUUUGCUUCGACGUGCUAGGCGAAGGCGGAGAAAUGGGAUAUGGUAGGCAACGAGUAUGGGGUACAAUCGGUUUCGGUAUUGCGGCAUUCCUAGCCGGCUAUACCAUAGACCUGUGGUCGCAUGGAAAUAUCUACAAAAUUUACACACCAGCAUUUCUUCUGGUGUUCGCGUUUACCUGCGUUGAUUUGAUUUGCUGCAAAAAACUGGAGCUGCCACUUAUUUCAGGGUCAAGCAGCAUAUUAAAAGAUGUAUUCAUGCUUUUGAAAUUAAAACCCAUCGCUAUAUUCCUAUGUUUCGCUUCCCUCGCCGGCAUCCUUGACAGUUUUAUGAUUUACUUCUUAUUCUGGUACCUGGAAGAUCUCGCUAUGGCAACUGGUUAUAUGAGUGAAAUUAAAUUAAUUGAAGGUCUAACGACAGCUGCAGAGACUCUUGGCGGCGAGAUAAUAUUCUUUUCUUUAUCUGGCAAGAUAUUGAAGAAAUUUGGAUAUGGUUACACUUUCACUUUUUGUUUCGUGUGUUAUGCAUUGCGAUUGGGAUUAAUAUCUCUAGCGCCAACGCCAUGGUGGGUGCUUCCAGUGGAACUGGUCAUGCAGGGACCAACAUACGCGCUCUGCUAUACAACAAUAGUAGCAUACGCGAGUGCAGUCGCACCACCUGGAACGUCAGCUACCGUUCAAGGAAUUGUGGCAGGAAUGGAUGAUGGAUUUGGGUAUGCAGUUGGCAGUUUAAUAGGAGGUAUUUUGUACAAGAAAGUUGGUGGUGCUACGACGCUGAGGAUAUUCUCAAUGCUCGCAGCAAUCUCUGCCUUAAUGUACUUUGUUCUUCAUACUUUGUACUUAAAACAUAAGACGCCAGAUACACGCAGCAAUGUUGUAUUUAGAAAGCCCGAAGAUGCACAAGAACAUUGUGUCAUUGCAGAAACAUGA